CUAUUGAUGCCUAUAAGCCCUUGGCAGUUCGGGGCGCUGUACAGCGCUCACAAGGCCUAUAAGCCCUAAUCACCUAGUGGAAUCAUUGCGAAGCUCAAAGCUGUCUGCAAGAACAUACGCAAUCUUGGUAGACAUCGUCCGAGUUCGACCGCCGACGACAAAUAAUUCCAACCUCUAGUACAUCACUAUAAAAUGUGUAAAUAAAGCAUUGGAAAAAUAAUAUAAAUUCAAAAUGCUUGCCCAGUCACUAUUAAGUAAAUGCCUGACAGGCAUCAAAAGCAUUCAUAAUAUGUAUGGGUAUUGUAUACCUGUGGCUGGACUCAAAUAUUUUCGUCCACCUGUCAAAUAUGAUGUGGAAGCUCCGCCUGACACUCGAGGACACAAGUUGCCUAUUCUUCCAAAAGUACCACAAUAUCCACCACAGUUGAAACCUUUCAAAAUGCAAAGAAAACUAAAGCUUAUGAGAGGUCCAGAAUUGGUAUUAAAUAAGCUAUUACACAAACAAUAUGGUGUUAUUGCUUUGAUAGGUGGCAGAUUAAGAUACGGUCACACAGAAAUGGUCAGGUGGACUUGUGGUAAAAAGUUACCCCAUAGUGCUUUCAGUUUAUGGCGUAUUGAUCCUCCAUGGCAGCCGGUGACUAGACGGGGUCAUGGUGUUCGAAUGGGUGGAGGAAAAGGAUCCAUUGAUCAUUAUGUUACUCCUGUUAAAGCUGGACGCGUCAUAAUAGAAGUUGGAGGUCCCUUUGAAUAUGAGGAGGUGAGAAAAGUAUUAGAGGAAAUAGCUCACAAAUUACCAUUCAAAGCUAUGGCUGUUAGUCAAGAAAUCCUAGAUCAAAUGCAUGAAGAUGAGCGUUAUAUAGAAGAAAGUAAUCAAAAUCCUUACACAUGGAAGUAUAUGAUACAAAACAAUAUUGGUGGUUGUCAUCAGUGGAUAGCACCAGUUGAUAAAUAUUGGUACAAUAAGCAUAGAUAAAAUUGUUAAUUUAUAAGAUUAAUUUGAACUCUGUUGUUGGAAAAAUUUUAUACAUUUUUAAAUGAGUUUUUUAAAAGCCAUUCAAAAGUCAAGAUUUUCAAAUAAAGUAAUG